AUGGCUCGUAAGCAUUUUGGAAUGAGAAAUGUUUGGACUCUGGAUGGAAGAAUUUAUAUUAAGCUCCCUGAUGGUAGUCGUAAGAAGAUUUCCCCAGAAGAAGACUUUAGUGCUCUUGUUACUGCAUGGACUCCUGUGUGCUCACCAGCUAGUGCCGCUGCUAGUGGUUCACAGCAGGGGGUUUGCGGCGCAACUAAUGAUGUGCCUUCCAUCAGGAGCUCACCUAAAGCCAGUCGCCAGCAAGAAGUGGAGAGGCGGAAAAAAGAAGCAUCCGCCUUGACUUAUGGUGAUAACAAGAAAACUCGUCGUGUUAUCUCCAAAAAG